AGGCUUGCAGAUCGGGAGCGCCAGGGUACCUUAGCUAUGCGCUCACCACAUCCCCCCUCUGCUACGCUGGCGUUUCUAGCUGCGUUCUUGGCCAAGCCCUUGGCUCUGGCUGAGACCCCAUACCUGGUGCGUGUGGACGCAGCCCUCCCGCUUAGGCCUCUGCUGCCCUUUUGGAAGAGCACCGGCUUCUGCCCCCCACUACCUCACGACCAAGCUUACCAGUUCGACCUUAGUUGGGACCAGCAACUGAACCUUGCCUACAUAGGUGCCGUACCUCACAGUGGCAUCGAGCAGGUCCGGAUACACUGGCUGCUGGAUCUCAUUACAACAAGAAAGUCAUCUGGGCAGGGACUGAUAUACAACUUCACACACUUGGAUGCAUUCCUGGACCUCCUCAUGGAGAACCAGCUCCUCCCUGGAUUUGAGCUGAUGGGCAGUCCUUCUGGGCACUUCACAGACUUUGAGGACAAGCAGCAGGUGUUUGAAUGGAAGGACUUGGUUUCUCUCUUGGCCAGGAGAUAUAUUGGUAGGUAUGGGCUGACACAUGUUUCCAAGUGGAACUUCGAGACUUGGAAUGAACCAGACCAUCACGACUUUGACAAUGUGUCCAUGACUAUACAAGGCUUCCUGAACUACUAUGAUGCCUGCUCUGAGGGGCUGCACAAUGUCAGUCCUAUGUUGAGGUUGGGUGGUCCUGGGGAUUCCUUCCACCCCCUGCCAAAGUCACCAAUGUGUUGGAGCCUCCUGCAUCACUGUGCCAAUGGAACCAACUUCUUCACUGGUGAGGUGGGCGUGCGUCUGGAUUAUAUCUCCCUGCACAGGAAGGGUGCAGGCAGCUCCAUGGCCAUCCUGGAGCAGGAGGUGGCAGUUGUGGAGCAAAUCCAGCAGCUCUUCCCUGAGUUCAAGGACACCCCUAUUUACAAUGACGAGGCAGACCCUCUGGUGGGUUGGUCACUUCCACAACCUUGGAGAGCUGAUGUGACUUAUGCGGCCUUGGUGGUGAAGGUCAUUGCACAGCACCAGAACCUGCUGUUUGCCAAUAGCAGUUCCUCCAUGCGCUAUGUGCUCCUGAGCAAUGACAAUGCCUUCCUGAGCUACCACCCACAGCCUUUCUCCCAGCGAACACUUACUGCUCGCUUUCAGGUCAACAAUACUUGCCCACCCCAUGUCCAGCUCCUGCGAAAGCCAGUCCUUACAGUCAUGGGGCUGUUGGCCCUGUUGGAUGGAGAACAACUCUGGGCAGAGGUGUCACAGGCUGGGGCUGUGUUGGACAGCAAUCACACAGUGGGUGUCCUGGCCAGCAUCCAUCGCCCUAAAGUCUCCUCAGAGGCCUGGCGUGCCACAGUCCUGAUCUAUACUAGUGAUGACACUCACGUACACCUCAACCGCAGUAUCCCUGUGACUCUUCACCUUUGUGGAGUACCCCCUGGCUUGGGGCUAGUCUAUGUAGUUCACUACCUAGACAAUCAACUCUGCAGCCCCUACAGUGAGUGGCAGCAUAUGGGCCAGCCAGUCUUCCCCUCUGCCGAGCAAUUCCGACAUAUGCGAAUGCUGGAGGACCCAGUGGUUGAGGCACCACUUCCCUUCCCUGCUGGGGGCUGCCUGACUCUACACAGAAAGGUUUCUUUGCCAUCACUUCUGCUGGUGCAUGUAUGCACACGCCCCUUGAAGCCACCAGGGCAGGUUAGCCAGCUCCGUGCACUGCCCCUGACACGUGGGCAGUUGGUUCUGGUCUGGUCGGAUGAGCAUGUGGGCUCCAAGUGCCUGUGGACAUAUGAGAUCCAGUUCUCCCAGAAGGGUGAAGUGUAUGCCCCAAUCAGCAGGAGACCGUCUACUUUUAACCUCUUUGUGUUCAGCCCAGACACAGCUAUGGUCUCUGGCUCCUAUCGAGUACGAGCAUUGGACUACUGGGCCCGGCCAGGCCCCUUCUCAGACCCUGUGAUUUACCUGGAUAUUCCUGCCUCAUGAAGGCCACUGGCUCCUAGUGGGCCUCUGCUGACUGGUAAAUGGGGUCACUCAGGUUGAACUGGCCUACCAUUAGCUAGUCAGUUGACUUUGGGCUCCUUUGUUGUUCCCCCAUUUCCUAUUAAAGUAUCUUUCACUAUCUCAGUCUUGGGAUCUACUUUUUGGAUGAACAUUACAGAGUGCCCAGCUGGA